GUAGCACAAAUCCCAAUCAGACGUAGACGGCACGCUACGCGCCACAGACGUUGUCCUGGCCAAGCGGCAUGAAGCCAAAUGCGGCACUGGCAAAAGGCGACGCCGACGAGGAUGUCGAUGACCAGAAUAACGAUCACUUCGAAGGUGAUCCACGUCCAAUGCCCUACGCAUUCGAAAAGGAGUUAAUUAGCAAGUCCAAUAAACACAUACGCAUCUGUGAUGUGUUCGGGCCCCCAAACAAAGUAUAUCCAAUCACUUCCAAAUUUUACGCCAAAUACGAGCAACAUUCGAUUUCAAAGGCGCAGGCGCAACGUCACAGGCUGCUUAAUUCGCCACCGGAUUAUCCGUUACUGGAAUCACAGAUGUACGGCUGGAUACCGCUACAGUGUCGAGAGGCUGCCACUUAUUUAAAUUGUUUACAUGCACCAAAACGGCGCUGCCGUAUGACUAUACACGGCGAACAAAUUAUAGCAGGGCGAAUUACUGAACGGCCGCCGUACAAUGGUUUACAAUUCAUACUUCAUUGAAAUAAAUCAUGUACAAU